UACCUUUUGUGAAUAUGUACCUUGUAUAUCUACACUUUCUACAGUACUUGCUGAACCAAUGUUAAUAUACAUGACGAUUUUACGGAAUAAAUAUCUAUUGAUUUACAGCAAGUGUUGGUAGCGGGGUCAGGGGUUACGGGUAGUUUAUUAUGAAAUUAAAUACCGGUAUGCAAUAUCUCCCACAUCCAAGUAAAUUUAUGUACAUUUUUGUGUGUGGAUAAGAACAAAUUUAAGUAAUAUAAGAAUUAUACAUUAUGAGAAAAAUGAAGUUUCUUUACUGAGAUUUGAGGAUAUUUACGUUAGUGGACUUGACUUGAGAGUUAAGACCCGACCCUCGGUGAUGCAAGACGAGCUCGAUACUGAGGAGUGUCACGGGUGUUCUGCUAUGUAAUUACUGAACCAAUGUACUGAACCAAUGUACUGAACAUAGCAGGAUUCCUUUACUACAACUACACCCACGGAGGAGGAGGACCUGUAAGGAGACUCAUAACUGAUUCAGCUAUCAAAUAAAAAUAUCAGUCAUUGGAUGUUUGGCUGUACAUCUUGACUACUGAGUGGAUGAUGGUAGCGAAAAUUAGACUAAAUCUUCGGUUCCUGGUGAAAUUAGCCGUCACUAUCGCAAGUGUGAUCUUUUAUUGUGAAUUUUUGCACUACUAUGUUGUCGUAUAUCAAUGUCACUGGCCUGCAUUGAAUCCUCAAACUGCCAAUCAAAAUAUAACUGAUAAAGGGACACAGCUUCAUGCCAUGGUUCUUGCAGACACCCACUUGUUAGGAAGCAGAAAUGGACACUGGUUUGAUAAACUACGCAGAGAGUGGCAGAUGCACCGUGCCUUUCAGACAGCCGUUGCCCUUCACAAGCCGAAUGUGUUCAUAUUCUUAGGUGACUUGUUUGAUGAAGGGAAAUGGUGCAGGCCAGAAGAGUUUGUGGAGUAUGUAGCGAGAUUUCAUGAUUUGUUUUCUGUACCAGAAGAUGCCCAUGUCCUCAUAGCUGUUGGAAAUCAUGAUAUUGGUUUUCAUUACAGUGUAAAUCCAUACCUUGUGAAUCGGUUUCAACGAGCCUUUGAUGUUGGUCCAGUGAAAAUGCUUCAGAUAGAGGGUGUCACUUUUAUCAUCCUCAACAGCAUGGCCAUGGAGGGAGACAACUGUUUCCUUUGUAAGCCAGCCUUAAACAGGGUCAAAAUUAUAUCAAAGCAGUUGAGUUGUGCUGCAGGUGACAGUGAAGCUUGUAGGCAUUGGCAGAGCCUUGCACUUCAUCAGUACAGUGAUCCGAUCAUCUUGCAACAUUAUCCACUGUUUCGUGAGUCUGACGCAGUAUGCAAUGAGCCAGAUGAAGCCCCAGCAGAUAUAAAGAAUAUCAUGUUCAGAGAACGAUGGGAAUGUAUAUCAAAGGACUCGACAGAAAUGCUGUUGGAACUGUUAUCACCUCGGCUGGUUCUCAGUGGUCACACUCAUCAUGGUUGCCACGUCAAGCACAUGAACCAAGGAUCAGCCACACAUGAGUACACCAUUCCUUCAUUCUCUUGGCGUAAUAAAAGAAACCCAACAUUUUCUAUGCUGACUGUGAGCUCCAACAACUAUUCCAUCUACAAGUGCCACAUGCCUCAAGAGAUAACAGUGAUUUCAAUAUAUGUCAUCUCUACAGCUUGUGUGAUAGCUUGGCUGGUGAAAAAGAAACUACGGUCACAGGGCAUUAUUUAUACAAAAGUGUCUAGACACAUAGACUAGAAAAAAUACUUUUGUUACUUUUAUAUCUUUGUAAUAUUAGGUAAUAAAAGAUCUCAGAUUGUAUUAUUAGUAAUGUAAGAAUAGUUGUUCAUAGAUUUUUUAAAUGUUGUUAAUUAAAACUCCCCAAAAAAUUCUGGAUAAAUUACAUAACUUUUUUAUCAAUGAAUCUUUUCUUUAGGAUUAUAGUGUACAAUACAUUGCUAUGUUUCCAGAAAAUUCAGUUUUAUGUAAAAGUAAUUUUCUCUUUUAUGAGAGGAUGUUUUAUCCCAAAAAUUAGACUUGAGUCAUUCAUAGACAUUACAGUCCAAGGAUCAUGUUAUCCACAAUGUAAGUACAGUACAGUAUUAUAGCAGUACUGUAUAGUAAAAAACAUUGAACAGCAGCAGAUUCACAGUGCCCCAUGCUAGUUCUCUCCCAUGUUUACUUGAGGCCAGACAUCCUGACAGGAAGCUUUCACAGAUGUGUUACGCACUCAAACACAUAUGGACUGUCUUCAUUAGUUUUUAUAUGUUCCACACAAAACUUACUGGCACUCUUUAAAAAUUCUUUCUUUAAACAUUGUCAUGCGAUACUUCUUCACACUGCCAGAACUCCUCUAUCUUUAAAUCCAUUAUGCUACAUGUUUUUCUUGUACAGUGGUCCCUCAGUUAACGAAUGGUUCGGUUAACGAAUUACCUUCCAUAAGAAUCUUCAAUUCGGUUAACGAACAAAAAUUUGAUUAACGAAAUCCUUAUGAACAUCACGUUUUGUUGUGAGCAUCAGCUGAUGGGAUAGUUUGCCAAUUCAGUACCGGGUAAUCUGUUCUAUGUUUACAUUCGUUUCCAGUGGAUUAAAUAUCAAGAAAAUUGUGCUCUUUAAUAUUUGUGCAUUUUUUAUAUUAAAAUUAUUGGUCAUUCUAAAAUUUAGCCAUCCAAGC